CCCUCAUGUUCCUGAUACGUGGCUGUUUGGGAGAGCCGCGCUGUGGAUCCCUGUCUGCCUACAGCAGCAGCAGCAGCCGCUGGAAUCUGCAGGAAGUCCGGCAGUUUUUCCAUCAAGGUCUGGAUGGCAGGGACACACUGGUGCGCAGACUUUCGAAACCACGAGCCAAACCGUCAUUUGGAUUUCCAACGUUGUUUCCAGCAUUCAAGGGGCAUCACUGGCUCCAAGUGUCUUUUGGGCAGGGGGACGGAUGAAAGGUAGAAGUGGUUGGAGGCCCAGCUGGGCUGUUGCUGCUCUGUUUUUCCCCGCUGCUCUGCUGUUGCUGACCUUCAGGGGAGCAUCAAGCAGCCAGAAGAUGUCACAAACCUCUAUGGCUCAUGCAACGGCUACAGCAGCUGGACCAGGCCCGAGUCUGGCAGAUGACCUCCCAGGCCUCCAGGCGGUCACAGAUUUUCUUACCAGUGAACUCACGCAUGUAUGGUUCCUGUCCCUGGUUGGCUCAGUCGCUGUAGGCCUUAGUGGAGUUUUCCCUCUGCUUGUUAUUCCUUUUGAAUCAGGAGCUGCCCUCAAGACUGAAGCUGGAUGCCAAAAGCUGAAGCAGCUCUUGAGCUUUGCUAUUGGUGGUCUCCUAGGUGAUGUGUUUCUUCACCUCCUUCCUGAGGCGUGGGCGCUCUCUGGCCCUCAAGCUAGUAAACACAACCACUACAUGACCCAGGGCUUGUGGGUAAUCAUCGGUCUGUUUGCCUUCCACCUGCUGGAGAAACUGUUCCCAGAUGAAGACGGCCUCAAGGAUGCCCCCCCAGAUUCAGACCUGAAUUUUAAUCUCUCUUCAAAUUCAGCUAUAAAUGUCAAAGCAGAAACAUCACUCAGAAAUGGAAACCAUGCUGAGGCGUGGAAAUCCUUCCAGCGACAGACUCAGCAAGACACCUCAGAGAAAAUUAAGACAAGUGGGUACCUUAACCUUCUGGCCAACUGCAUUGACAACUUUACUCACGGGCUGGCAGUAGCUGCAAGUUUCUUGGUGAGCAAAAAGGUUGGAUUCCUCACCACUUUUGCUAUUCUACUCCACGAAAUCCCUCAUGAGAUAGGAGACUUUGCUAUUCUGCUGCGAGCUGGGUUCGAUCACUGGAGUGCCGCCCGGAUGCAGCUGUUUACGGCUCUGGCUGGGAUCUUGGGAGCUUGUUUCGCCCUUUGUGCUCAGUCACCCAAAGCUGCUGAAAGCUCCUCCAGCUGGAUUCUAUCUUUCACUGCCGGGGGUUUCCUCUACAUUGCCUUGGUUAAUGUUGUGCCUGACCUGCUACAGGAGUCCAGUUUAAGACACUCCCUGGUGCAAAUGCUGCUCAUUUUCUGCGGGAUGGGUACCAUGGUUUUCCUCUCAGCCAUUGUUGACUGAACAUGGGGGAAGACAACUCUCCCACCUUAACAAACACUACUACUGGAGAUAUUUUUUCCUCUGCACCAGCCUCUUAUUCUUUGAACCAUCAUCCAGAUAAAGAGGCGGAUUCUUUCAAGGCUCUCUGUCAUCGCUGUCAUGGAGCACUAGAGCAAAUAUCUUAAAAAAGUAUAGCACUUUAUUUACAGAUGACUGAAAGGAAAGACUGUUUUGAUAAGACAGAUAGGACGGGACAUUAAUGGGUGGACACUUUGAAAUGCGCCAUAAGGAAUGGUCAAGGAUAAAAAAAAAACAAAGUUUAUAUGGAAAUCUGUUACCAAACUGUCUUUUAGACAAUCAUGAUGCUUUGCACAUACAUUCACUACCAGGUACAAAAGACGACUCUUGAUCUCAAUAGGAGGUAUUUCUUGCACAGAGCAAAGAGCUACAUCUAAUUUUUUUAAAUCGGUGUUGUCAUUGGCGUUUGCUUCUGAAUACACAAUGAAAAUAUUUUUCAUCACCCGUUUUUGCAGUGUGCUUUAAUCAAAUACCAGUUAUUGAGAAUAAUUAGUUAUCAGUGUUUUUCUUUUUCCCACCUUCAUCUGUUUUCCUUCCACACGCAGUGUAGCCUGCACCUUCGGAGCUUAAUACAGCUUUCAGCCUGAAGAACAGUUUGUGUUAAACUUAUACAUGAAUACUUGUGUUAUCUUAUUUACUAACAUUAGUAUUGGAGAUUAGAUGCAGGUUUAGAAAGUGGAAAACAAGGGAAAUUACAUGUUUUAAAAGGUUGUUUUUUUUUUGAAGAAGAAGAAAUAAACUUCACAUUUUAGACAAUUGUGUGAAAGCAUUUAUGUUUCUAUUGCAGGAAAAAAAGUCUGAGUUGCAAAGAUUUGAAAUACUAUAGAAAUAUAUAAAAAAGUAAUCUGCCAGUUUCAGAUAGGUGUGUAAAAAGAAAAUAUUUUAAGAAAACUAUAUUUCAUUUAUAGACUUCUUUCCGUCUCACUCCCUAGAUGUUUCAUUCAUUCAUUUAUCCAUCUAUUAUUUAAUCUAUCGCUCCAUUCAUUCAUCUGUCCAUAGGUCUAUUGCAGGCACAUUGGUCUUUUUUCUCCCACCUUUUUAUUUUCUUUUUCGAUUUUUUAAGUUUUUGUAAUUAAAACUGAAAACAUUGGAAGA